AUGAUGUUUAUCAAAUCACUUGGAGUUGAUCUCAAGAAAAUUGAAGAAUGCAUGGGUGAUCCAGAAGCAGAUGCUGAAAAUGCAAUCCUUAAGGCUGAGCAACAAGCACAGAUAGGGAAAGGUGUUCGUGGGGAUGUGACAAUAUUGCCAACUCUUGUAAUAAACAACAGACAAUAUAGAGGUAAACUUGAUAAAAAAGCCGUUCUAAAAGCCAUCUGUUCAGGAUUUAAAGAGACCACAGAGCCACCAAUUUGUUUGAGUCAUGAAGUAGAAACCAAUGAGUGUCUGAACAACAAUGGUGAGUGCUGGAUGGAUACAGUUGCUAAUAUUACAGCAUGCAAGGAUACUUUUCGUGGGAGAGUGUGUGAAUGUCCAAUUGUUGGAGGUGUGAAAUUUGUAGGUGAUGGUUAUAAACACUGUGAAGCUCCGCGGGCCCAUGGUGUCAAAUAA